UGUAGGCACAGAACCUGCGUCUCUCUGUGUCCUCCAGCAUGAGUCAGUUGCUGGGCAGAGCUGUGCUCUGCACAUUUAGCUUUCUGCUGGUGGUUGUGCAUGGGACUCAUUACAGGAUGUACGGAUACCCCAUCCAUGGAAGCUACGUCUAUCCUCCUGCGGUCCAUGGCAGCGCAGUGCUACAAGUGCCCAGAGCUGGCAUCUUAGCCAGCCCUCCGUAUAAUGCUAAUGCCCGCCACAAGCCUGAGACCAGGACAAUCCAGGUGCACCAGCCAGCAGAAACUGCCUGUAAGAGCCGGCCUAUGGAUCUGGUAUUUAUAAUUGACAGUUCCCGCAGUGUCCGCCCUCAAGAGUUUGAGAAGGUGAAGAUCUUCCUCUCAGACAUGAUUGACACCCUAGACACGGGUGAACGGGCUACCCGCGUGGCGGUGGUAAAUUACGCUAGCACAGUUAAGACGGAAUUCCUCCUGAAGACCUACUUCAAUAAAUCUGCAAUGAAGAAUGCUGUCUCCUUGAUCAACCCACUGUCCACUGGCACCAUGACUGGGCUGGCCAUACAGGCAGCACUUGAGGAGGCAUUCACUGAGGAGUCAGGAGCACGCCACAUAUCUCAACAAAUUCCUAAAGUAGCCAUCAUUGUCACAGAUGGCAGACCCCAAGACAGGGUACAAGAUGUAGCUGCCAGGGCCCGGGCCUCUGGAAUACAGAUCUAUGCGGUGGGAGUGGAUAGGGCCGAUAUGCAGUCUCUUAAACUCAUGGCAAGCCAACCCCUGGAGGAACAUGUAUUUUAUGUGGAGACUUAUGGAGUCAUUGAAAAGCUGACCUCAAAGUUUAAGGAAUCUUUUUGUGGUGUGGAUUUCUGCGCCCCAGGAAGACACGAUUGUGAGCAUAUCUGCGCAGCAACAGCGACAUCUUAUUACUGCAAGUGUCGGGAAGGCUACACUCUGAACCCAGACAGGAAGACCUGUUCACGUGUAGAUGUAUGUGCCCCUGGAAGACACGACUGUGAACAUAUCUGUGUGGCAACUGGGACAUAUUAUCUAUGCAAAUGUUCUACUGGGUACACGCUCAAUCCAGACAAGAAGACCUGUUCACAGGAAGCACAAAGAGUCGUUCAGACAGAAGAUCCCUGCAAUUGUGAAAGUCUGGUCGCUUUCCAAAGCAAAGUCAACACUUACAUUGAGUCACUGACUACGAAACAUAUCCUUUCUGGAAUUUUACAGCAGGAAAAUUAUGCUUUCAAUGUAAUGAUUUCCAGUGGUAAAGAUGGCUCUAUAUGGUUACCGAUACACGAGCUUAAAGAUGUUAGGGGUCUAUUUACUAAACCUUGGAGGGAGAUAAAGUGGACGGAGAUAAAGUACCAGCCAAUCAGCUCCUAA